UGGUUGCUCUGGGAAAGCAUUGGCGGUAACGGAACGAAAGGCCGCGUCUUAUAUCGCAGUGUCAUCGGUUUUCGCGCCACAGAAAGCAACACGGAGGGUUCCGGCAAACACUAGGUGCAACCCCGACUGUCUUCUAUUUCUGUCCGUGUUCGUGUUCCUGCCAUCUAGAUCAUCAUCACAACCAAUCCCUCCCGUGCCCUCCCCUCUCCUCUUAUUUUCCUAGGUCAACGUCGUAUGAAUCACGACACCGGCGAUCGUCGGAAGAAAAUCGCACGCAAGGAAGCGUGUCCCUCUUAACAUCGCAGUCCAUCGGUCCACAAGAUCGAGACACAAUUGUGGUGCUGUGUUAGGAAUAUAAAAAAAAUAGGAAAAACAAACAGCGCAGGAAAAAAAGAGUGACGAGCGUAGUGAAGUCGGUCGACGCAGCAUAAGUCGAUCGACGAUCGAGAAGCGAUAGAAAAGAAAAGAAAAACGGGUGGAGGAAAUACAUGUGCGUUAUGGUGAUGGCGAUGGAGAUGAUGCACAGUUGGUUGCGUUCCUGCGCUCGUCCGAUUUCAUCGUGAUCUGUGCCAUUCGGUGAAGAAUGUGAAGUGGAAAAGUGAAGCUACCCAAACGGGGAAGUGCGUGAAAAAAGAAAGAGGUAAUUGUCCGUCCAAUCGCGAGUGAGCAAAAAGAAAGAGGAGAAGAAAAACCGCCUUUAACAUAAGAAAAGUGAAGCAAACGACAGGAAACGACAACAAGACGAGCCACAUAUCGGAGCGUCCCAACGGGUGGAAAUAAAAACAAGCUUUGACCAAAAAUGAACGGCCUAGUUUCGCUGGUCGCGAUCGUGGCCCUGUGCGUGGUCCUUCCCUCCUCGCAGGCUGGCACCCGCCCGCAGGAGGUGCUCAUCAACAAAUGCUGUCGACUGGGCGAGUACUACAACGCGACCGAUCGGGUGUGCGUGGCCGGAGGGAUCGCAAAAUGGGUGCCCAAGAUCUUCCUGCCGGGCAAAGGGCAGCUCUUUAAGGAUCGCGGGGCUUCGCCACCGUUCAUGAAGUUCGCCGAACAGCAACUACCGGCGGGCUGCGCCAUCCCCACCGUGCACGAGGUCAGCCUGGUGACGCUGAUGGGCAACGGAUCGCUGUUCCUCGACCAAAAGCACGUCCUGGUGCCGGUUGCGGACUACUGUAUCGAUGAGCGGGUGGCUCUGGUGUGCCCGGCCGUCGAUGCCCAGAUGGACUCGCUGCAGGCGCCGGAGAAGACGAGCGUGGUGUUGCGAUGCUGCGGGACGAACUUUGCCUACGACAAGGGCAACCGGACGUGCUCGAAGUUGGCGCGGGGCCACGAGCUGUUCGAUUCGCGCAUCAUCCACUCACCGUACGUGGAGCUGAGCUACGGGUUUCCGGCCUGCAAGGAGCACGCGAUCGCCGGCGUGUUCGACGAGACGCGGCUUCAGGAGCAGACCGGUUCGGUGACCACCGACUCCGGGAAGAUUUUCGCCUCGGGCGAGUUCUGUCUCGAGCACUUGCGGGACGACGAUCGGAAGGUGUACGUGUUCACCUGCUCCGAGCACUUCCAGCCGGCCUCGGUGCCCAUCGCCAAGCAGGACGGUCGACUGGCGCUGUAUUCGGCGGGUCUACUCAUUUCGACCAUCUUCCUGGCGGCAACGCUGGCCACCGGACUGCUCGUGCCGUCGCAACACCACGUGCUGCACUGGCGCUGCCAGACGCACUACGUGGCCUGCCUGCUGGUGGGCGAUCUGCUGCUGGCCAUCACUCAACUCUCCGGCAACUCCAUCACCGGUCCGGCCUGCACGAUGAUAGCGAUCAUGAUGCACUUCUUCUUCCUGGCGGCGUUCUUCUGGCUCAACACGAUGUGCUUCAAUAUCUGGUGGACCUUCCGUGAUCUACGGCCAACGUCGCUGGAGAAAAGCCAGGAAGUCUGCCGGCUCCGGAUCUACGAGGUGUACGCGUGGGGUGUUCCGCUGGUCAUUGCCGGCGUCGCGGCCAUCCUGGACAACCUGCCGGACAGCAACGAUACCUACUUGCGGCCACGGUUCGGUGAAGCCAAGUGCUGGUUCUACGGUAACAUGGAAAUGCUGACCUACUUCUUUGGCCCGAUUGGCAUCCUGCUCUUCAUCAAUCUGCUACUGUUCGCCUCAACUGCGCGCCAGUUGACCUGUGGCCUAUGGAAGCGGGACGACGUGAAAUCAACCACGGAACGCCGCGGUUUGGUUUCUUCUCCCUCUUACAGUGCGGCGCUGGGGCGCGUCUGCUUGAAGCUGGUCGUCGUCAUGGGAGUCACCUGGGUGGCGGACGUCAUCUCCUGGGCCGUCGGUGGUCCCAACUACCUUUGGAUCGUGACCGAUCUGAUCAACGCACUGCAGGGCGUGUUCAUCUUCAUUGUCGUCGGAUGUCAACCGCAGGUCUGGGCCGCCAUGAAGCGCCUCUGGAACUCGAAGACAGGUCGGUCCUUUACGAACACCACGCACGGCCCGCAGCACUCCAGCUCCUCGCACGGUCUGCCCUCGAUGGGCGAAUCGAUCACGAACAACACCUGCACGAACAACACCACCACGACGACCUCCAACCGGGUCCCGAUGGAGACGGUCUGCUGAAUGGAGCUGGAGCUGGUUCCGCUGCCGACGCUACCGGAAGAGCUGGCGGGAUAGCAUGAUCUUGCCGGCGGCAUCCCGGUAGCCGAAUGGCGUCGCGAAUCGGUAACGCUGAAUUUGUAGACUCUGGUAAGAUCACCGGGGCUUUGGAGAACUUGGGACUUCGGGGGCAAAAAAGGGGCUGCAGUGGGAGAGGAGAACUGGCCGGGACGAUCAGGGAGGACGACGAUGCCAACAUGCAGCACAAACCAUACGCGACAUGGCGACUCUCGCGAGUCGACGAAUCGACGAUCGGCCAUACUGUGAUAGACGAAUCGAUCAGCUCACAGCUAUUGUGCAAUCUUUCACAGAAGGUCGGAAUUAAGUUUUACCCCGUUGGCUAACAUUUAUACAUACCAUCUCUGCGAAGGACGAUCGGCCUAACAUGAGCUUCUCCACUGCAAGGCGACAAGUUUUCUCUUGUGUUAGACGUUCUUCUAAGGAAACGAAAACAACAACGCGUCACCCGUUCAGUCAUUAGAACAAGUUCAUCCCUUACAGCUUACGGCUAACUGCCAGAAAGGUCAAGAAAGAUCCUUACGGAGGAAUAUGAUGAGACAGGAGUCAGUUUAAGUUCCACCAAGUCAAACGCGUAAAACAAGUGAAGAAACUUUUUCCUUCCUUUCGGAACACCUCUUUUUUUGCACAACUAUAUGUGUGUGCUGGUAGUUUAUAGUAUAAACCUCCACAAAACGUAUACUAACCGUUAAUAAAUAAUAUUUAAUCGAACAAACUCAUUCUCUCACAGUUCAUAACGCGUUGCACAAGUGCUGCACCAUUUACGGGACAGUUGUCAUUCAUGGUAGAAUAGAUAAGUCAAACAUUAUGCUACAAACUCGAAUCAUAGUAGAGAGAGAUAAAGUGAUAGGCGUACAUAGAUAUGCUGUUUCUUUGUGCUCGACCUUUUUUUAUAUUUUGCCAAAAACAUAAUCCCAAAAAUCAUUUUGCAAGAAGGUAAAGCAAUUACAAAACAACCAACACAAGCGUCGAAAGCGUCUAGGCCUAGAACUUUGAGAUCCCCCCAAAAACCCUCAAUAAUGUGUACAUUUACGUUUGUUUAUUUGCAAAAUCAAGUGUAUUAUAAGGCUAUGUUGAUAACUCGCUAUGUCGAACACUUUUCGUUGUUUUGUGUACAUUUUAUUUUCACCCCGAUGGUGAUUUGCUAACGCCUGAAGAUGGUAUUUCGGUUUAGUUUUCGUUUAUUUGACCACUGCCUGCUUGCGCUAGGACGAAAAAGGUAGAGUUAAUCAACGUUACGGCCUCGCUUUUUUCUAGCUCCAGCCCAGAAAAUGGUGCCCAGCAAUGGAAAGGCAGUCUUAGGCGAUUAUUUAGAGCUUUACUUAAGAUGUAAGAUAUUCUUGUUUAACGGCACGUGGCCGUUUGGUCGUAUAAUUUUGUUUGCUUGUAAUAUUUACUUAACACACUUACACCCGCGUAUUUAUGUAAAUAGUAAUAUAGGGAACGCACUAUCUUUACUGGUUAGUAGCGAUUUGUGGGAGGAUAAUGUUUAAAAUGUGUCCGACGUGGCGUACUCGUAACGUAGCAUUUUUGUUCUAAUUGACUGAUCACACCCCAAUCGGCAUCGUGUUCAUGUGGAAACAAGUAUUGGAAACAUGAUAAACUUUGAUAAAACACAUGUUCCUCCCCCUACUCCCGAGGGGGGGGGGGGGGGGGGGGGGGAGAUGAAUAGUAAGCGAAACCUAUUUGAUAUCGUGUUCUUUUUUAAAUCAUACAAAUCGUGUUAUACUGUAAUUAAAAUAUACUAACAACGCGAGAAAUAUAUGUACGAAGAAAGCAGGCGCACGUAAAAAUAACGCACGCACUUGCAUAAGCAAUUCGGAAGAAUGAAAUGUUUUUCUUUUAGAAACGUUUACAAAAUUAUAUGCCAAACGCGAUAAAACGAAAAUACUAAUUACAAUUUAUAAGAACAACAAUGAAAAGCAAACAUGCAAUUAGAUAUUGGUACUGACGAUAAAUGAGGAAAAUACCCACCGGAGAAAAUGAAUAAACAGCAUCGAUUUACAACAACAACAUUGCAACACAGAACUAAGAAUAAAAGGAAGCUCUUAGAUUACGAUACAUUCUCACUCAUAGCCACUUAAAUUGAUACUUUGCUAUUGAAUCCGAUUUAUAUCGACAUAAAAGUAAUGCAGAACCGUUGGUUGCGAGAAGAACUAGUAAACCAAUGAACCAUUCUUAUAGCGCGUCUCUCUAGUAUUCAAAUUCGAAUAGAAGAACCGUAUAACUCGAAAGUGAUAGCAAUAGAAAUAUAGAGGUAGAGCAAAUCAAUUAAACUCUUCUCCAAUUAAGCUAAAACGUAGUUAAUCAAUUCGCGAUAGAUGCUAAUCCGGUGGCGAUAAAAAGCGUUUGCGAGUGCCCUCGACGGAUGCAACUUGGUGCAAGGAGGAUGCAUUUGCAUUUAGCCAAUCGGAACCCGGGAGCAAACGCAAGAAACGCCGGGAGCAAAACGGGAACGUCAGUAUUUUUACAUCUUUUUUCUUCAUCUGCCCUUAAACUCGUUAGCUUCCUUACUGCAAUCGAUCCGUACAAUCUGUAUGCCAUUGCUACGAAGGAAAAGUGAAAAGAAAUGCGCUUCUUUGAGUCCCAAUGACUCCGUGGUGAAGGUGCACGGCGAUCGCAGCAUUCUCACGCCGACAAUAGCAUAAGUAACGCAACUGUUCAACAUUUAUCUUACUCUCCCGGUGCUCGCCGGGAAAAUCCUCUUGACCUACCACAAGCGUCGACACACACGCUCCCGGGCUUUUUCUCCGGGCUUCUGGAAAACGUUUCGUUUUUCACAUCGCCCGAACCGAACGAUAAAUCAAUCGGGCAGCAGCACGACUCGAUUUUCAAAACGGUUAGUUUGUUUUCGAUUCGAAUCGAAACAGUUUUCCUCAAAUUUCCCUUCCCGUUCGGCCAAGCACCGGCAACACUUCUUUGCUUUUGCCGGAAUUAAAUUGUGAUCGGCUGAUGUCAGACUCUUUUUCCAACGGGGUUUUAAACCCUCCUUCCUUCACAACCCGGCGUACAAUAUGAAACAUUUACAAACGAGUUUAAAAAAAAUUAUAGUCGACUGUCGAAGAGUAAAGCAAAAGAUGUGCGUACAAUAUUACAUAAAAA